ACAGGUACCGACUGUUCCGUAUCGAUAUCUGUUCCAAAAUACAUGUGACAAGUAUUUCGUGUCAUCCCUAGUCUCUGCCCUCAUUCACUAUUUACUCACUGAGGCAGUCACCACAGGCAGUCACAUAGAGAAAGAUAAGAGAUCUGUGUUGGUAGUGGUUGUUAGGUUAGACACGUGCAUCAUAGUUUUUAUGUUUAUUUAAUUAAAUUUUUGGUGAAAAUACAAAUAUGACGGCUCGCAUCCAGUUUGAAAGCAAAAAUGAAAUCGGCGUUUUUGCCAAAUUAACCAAUGCCUAUUGUUUGGCUAGCAUAGGAGGCUCCGAGGUGUUUUACAGCACGUUCGAGUCCCAACUCGCAGACACAAUUCCCGUGGUCCAUGCCUCUAUAUCUGGGUGCAGAAUCGUGGGCCGCAUGUGUGUGGGCAACAAAAGGGGGCUGUUGGUGCCCAACUCGACAUUCGAUCAGGAAUUGCAGCAGCUCCGAAACGCUCUGCCGGACUCGGUGAAGGUGCAGAGAGUGGAAGAGCGGCUCUCGGCCCUAGGAAAUGUUGUGGCCUGUAAUGAUUAUGUCGCCAUUGCACAUCCCGAUUUGGACAAAGAAACUGAAGAAAUAAUUGCUGACACACUAGGAGUGGAAGUGUUCCGAAGUACCAUUGCAGGCAAUGUGCUCAUAGGGUCUUACUGUGUGAUGAACAAUCGCGGGGCUCUUGUGCACCCGAACACUAGCAUAACGAACCAAGAAGAGUUAUCUUCGAUGCUGCAGGUUCCCGUGGUCGCAGGAACAGUUAAUUGUGGUAGUUCGGUCUUGGGCGCCGGCCUGGUCGUGAACGACUGGUUUGCAUUUACCGGCUUGGAUACCACAUCAACCGAAUUGGCCGUGAUAGAGUCUGUCUUCAAGCUGAACGAUACUGAACCCAACAGGAUAACUACAGAAAUGCGUGCCACUCUUAUUGAAGGGAUGUCAUAAAGUACCGUAAGUCAACCGAAGUUGUUCUCGAGCGCAAUCGACUUUUACCUCGGUACAACAAGUAUUUGACUCAAAUGGGGGUCAAUUUCCAAUAUGGAUUUGGUUUCACAGCCGGGAAAAGCUAAACAGAUUCGCUAAGUCUACUCAUUUUAUAUAUUUUUUUCGGAUAGAACCAAUUAUAUUGUAUUCAUUUUUAGUCCGUACGGGAUUUGAAUAAACGUGGCAGUGUUUCUA